GCUGGUGAAUGCUCUCGUAUAUUAUGGUCUCUCACUGAACACGGAAAAUUUAGCAGGCAGCCCGUACUUAAACUUCUGCGUGGCCGGCGCGGUAGAACUUCCGGCUUACGCCAUUUGCAUUUUGCUGCUGAACCGUGUGGGUCGCCGAUGGCCGCUCAUCAUCUCUAUGUACGUCGGGGGCGUGGCAUGUAUCCUGUCCGGCUGCAUACCCACGGAGGGGAACAGUACCAUGGAGACGUUGACUGUUGUACUGGCGAUGAUAGGCAAGUUUGGCAUCACGGCGUCGUACGGCAUCAUUUACCUGAUGGCAGCCGAGCUUUUCCCGACAGUCAUUAGGUAGGUUAAUCAGUUACUUUAUUUAGUUGGGUUUUUUUUUCCAGAUCAAAUAUACGCAUGAUAACAAAUUGAAAUGUCACAGAGAAAGACCAAUUCUAAUUACACCUAAGAAAUCCAAAUAUACAUGAGACGUCAUAAAAAGUCCUAGUAAUAAUGUAACAGUAGCAAGUUUAAAUGUAAACAUUGGAUUUUCAAAUAAUGAGUGCAUUUGAUCUGCAUCCUCCAAAAAAACAAAAACAAACAAAAACAACAAAGAACAACAACAACAAAACAAACCCAACAACA